AUGGCGUCUCCCAACCCCGCCCCCUCCAGGGCUGUCAUCAACGCUCUCCGCGGCGUGCUCCUGACGACGUCCUGCUCCGUCAUUAUCCUCGCCGAAGAACGACGCCGACGGUUGAAUAUUGCUCGAGCCGCCAUCGAUAACGCCAAGAAGCUUCAUACAGCCCGGGUACAUCACAAUUCGGCUGGAUUGGCUGAGAGCUACGGCCGACGGGAAGCCUUUCCAGUUGAGAUAGCCCAUGACUUCAACCCUGUGCCGGCACCCAAAAAUUCAGUUCGUCGUCGAAGGCGCCGAAUAGACAGCCUAAGGAAUGAUGUGGCGGAAUCGAAGGAGGUUGAGUCAAUUGAUGGGUUCAAGUCGACACUGAACCAGGAUGGCAAUACGGCCCAGGCGCGUCAAACCAGAUGGGACGAGUGGGAUGUGUCUCGAAAAGAAUCCUCCAGGAUAUCGGAUACCAGCUCCUUUACCCGAAUUCCUCCCCUGUUGAAGAUUUCUGCCGACGACAGUCUUUCAAACACUAAACUGCCACACUCGGGAUGGAAACCAAGGACACCAAAUGCCCGCCGAGCCCAGGAACUGGACAGUCUGGAUGCCGUUCAUCAGCAUGCAUCAUCCGAGGCAGCCAAUUCGGAUAAUCCGUUUGGGGAUUUGGACGCUCUCCUUGCCAGAUUGGAGGCUCCAGCAUUCGCCCGCAGUCAGAUUGUUGAGCAACAAAAGAAGUGUGCCAGACUGUUGCAGAAGUUGAUAGCAUCAGGGGCUGAGGAACCUGAGGCCGUCUUCUCAAGGGGCAUUCGUCUUCUUCAGUCCACAGCAAGUUCCCAAGAGUACAGCAAUGUGCCCCUCAUCUUGGAUACGAUCAGUCCUGUUUGCAAGGAUCUUUACCUUCUUGCGGUCCCAUUCAUGGAUCGCGUCCUACAAACUGGCGACAAGGAAGGUGUCCGCCACCUCGUCAAGGAGGUUUCUCGACUUCAAGAUCAAAGGUUAGCGGGAACCUCAUACAAAUAUCGGAACGAGUGGGUUACCGGUUUUCUCACUCAUUGCUGGAAGACGACCAAGGACUUUAGCCGAGUCAAGGAGAUUUACGGCACACUGCAAGAGUGUGGUAUGUCUACUUUCACGGCCAUCAGGCAGUACGCCAUCAGACGCAGACUCACUCUUAUUGCCCUGGAUGCCGGAGACGAUACGACAGCGGCCGAAGGACUGGCUCGCCUCCAAAAGUUGAAACCCAAGCUGGCUGAAACGGACGUCAAGCUUCGAGGUCGAUUCGUUGUACGAGAUGCUGAAUUGGGUCUAUGGGACAUAGUUUGGACUCAACUGGAUACCUUUUUCAACAAGGACAAGCCCUCAGCUGCGUUUCAGAACGUCCUCUCUUGGUUGACCAGAAUCUAUUGCCAGGAUCACUCACCAGCAGAGAUUGAUAUCUUUGUGCGGGAUCUUAUCUCAGUUCAUCGGAUGGCUUUGAGCAAGACUCUUGCCUUUGCAGUUCUUGACAGGCACGGGCGGAAUCGCGAUCUUAAGGCGUUGGUCGCCUGGCUCGAGUUCUGCCAGGAUGGUGGGCUGGAGAUGGAUCAAAUCUUCUUCAACGAGGUUGCCGACAAAAGCUGCAAAUACUGGAAUCUGGCCCGGGUGGACUUGCUACACAUGUUGAAGGACCUACAAACCUUUAGGCCUUGGCUUCACGACCCCCUUCUAGCCAGGUACGAGGCCAACGGUGCCUUGCACGAUUUGCACAUGCCCUUGCCAGGUGAACAGGGAGAUGGCUAUGCCGUUGUAUCAACACUGCCCGAGUGUGGUGGCUCGAUCCCGAUAUUCGAACGGACAGUGUUCAAAUACAUGAACACCCUGGCACUGCAAGAAGAAUGGGGCCGUGUCUACAACACAUAUCAAGAGGCUGUCAGCAAGGGCCUGGGGUGUUCAGCACGCUGUCUUCGACUGGCUGUAGUUGCCAACAUCCAUCUGGAAGGACCCCAUUCUCGCACAGCAUCUGAGCUGAUCAGCAAGGCGCACGAAGAGAAGCAUGACAUCAGUGGGGCGUUGGUACCAAUGUUGGUGUCACGACUUGAGUGCGGUGAUGAUGUGGGCAACCUGCUUCAAGAGAGUCUGAGCAAGGGGCAACGUGUUCACGACAGUGUUUACAACAAGGCUGUACGGGUUCUGAUGCAAAAGGGCAGGCAGGAGGCUGCGAUCAAGGUGUGCGAGAUUGCGGCAGAAACGAACGGCAUGGGCGAAUUGGCAUACAACAAGUUCAACUUUUCCAGCCUCGUCUAUGCUUACACAGGUCAGAGACAGUACGAAGACCUCCGAUCACUGGUUACUUCCUUCACGUCAAAGUCAGACUGGUGGCAGGCCAGCAAGGAAUGCAAGGAGUCAAUCAAACUGGCAAUCAAGACGAUAUCCAGGAGGAAGGCGAGGGAUGGAGCUGCCAACACAGAGCGAGAGGAAGCCUUACUUUGCCUCGAUGAUGCGCUACAACACAUCAAGUCAUUACGGGCAACAAACCGACAAGAGAGAGAAACAUUAAAGAAGGAGGUUGUGAGUGUAUUUGGGAUGGCGGAACAGCCGCCAGCAUUUGACGGGGGGUUCUUCCCAGAUGCUCAAGUGGAACGUCAAACACCCGAGACCAAGAGGAGCAUUGUCCGGGACGCAACGACUUCACGAGAGACAACAAUACAAGCUGAAGAGACAAGGCAGGAAGAUGAUGGACUGGUUAAGAGCAACGGAGUCAAGGACCCUCGAACGGAACAGCGAUCGAGGCCAAGAAGAGAGAGGACGCCGUCCCCUGAGAUGAGCGAGCAGGAGAAGGCAUAUUUGGAGAGACAAAGCCUGGCUGGAGCGUGGUUUUGAGAAGACAUAUAGAGCUCGUGCUGUGAUGGCGCAUGCCACUAGAGGCGUUUUCCUGGGUAUCUACGUUGACGAGCCCAGAUUUUUCUCAUGGUCUGAGACUACUUUAUUACAAGUGUAACUACUACAUACUACCAUUUGUAUAAAAGCGAAAUGAAAUGAAGUAAAAGAGCC